UAUUUAGGCAAUGUGGCUUAGACAACAAAAUCUGAUUUGGUUCUCUUAAAUUUAUGAUGAGUAUUACUGGUCUUUCAUCUGGCGCAGGAGCUCUGCAGGAAAAGAAGUGUGUAUUCGCCAUGGUUCACUUCAAGAAUAGGUACAUGGUGAUGGAGGUCUUUAUAGAUGCAGGUAGAGGCAAACAAGACCCUGUCAUCCUCACCCAGUUUAAUAUAACCAAAGUCAUAAGAGACAGCAUUCAGCUGAACUUUGGGGAGUGUGGCCUAGCUGCAUCUCUUGGAUCAUUGCAGGUGAAGUAUGUUAAUCCUGUAACAAAGCUUUGCAUUAUCCGUGUGUCACGUGAAGACCACCAGAAGGUUUGGGCUGCUAUAACAAUGGUGAGGUGCAUUGGGAAAAUACCUGUAUCAUUCAACCUGCUUGACAUGAGUGGAAGCAUCAGGGCUUGCAAGAAAGCUGCACUUGAGUGCGAUGAAGCAAAAUUUGAACAAUACAAGUUGGCUGCUGGUGACCGUGUCACACCAGAGAUCAUCCAGUCCGUACAGAGCUGCUUUGAGAAAAUUAGAGGACUAGAGAGCUGAUUUCUAUGUCCUCUCCAUUUUUAUU